AUGGGCUACCAUCGCCACCACCACAAGAAGAAGCUCUACCUAGAGCGCCCUCCGCCCGACGAGCUCCGGAAGCGCACCCGCAUCACCCGCAUCGCUCCCCCUUCACCACCACCACCACCACCCCCUCCUUGCCCCGAGCCCAUCGUCAUCUGUCCCCCUCCCCCUCCGGAGCCCGAACCCUGCCUCCCGCCUCCGCCUCCGCCGCCGGUAUGCCUCCCGGGCCCGCCUCCGCCCAUCGACGUCAUCGCCGUGGACGUCGACCCCCCCUCCCCUCGCCGCCACCACCACCACCACCACCACCGUCCGCGCCGCGACCGUGAGCGCAUCAUCGAGCGCGACCGCUACAUCCCCGUGCCCAUCCGCGUCCCCGUGCCCUACCCCGUCCGCGAGCGUGUCUACGAGCCGGCCCCGCCGCUGCCACCGCCACCCGACGUCCACGUCCACGUGUCCGCCAUCGAAGCCGCCCGCCCGCCCUCGCCCUCACCGCCACCGCCGCAGUUCCGCUACAUUGACGCUCCGAGAAGGUGUCCGCCGUCGCCGCCGAGCACGUCCUGCGAGUCGGACGACGUGGAGCGCAUCCACAUCGGCAUCGAGGACCGCCAUCGUCAUCGCUUGCGGGAGCGAGAGCGGUUGGAGAGCUGCUACGACGACAACGACGACGACGACGGGUACGGCCGGCGGCGCCGCUACCGCUACUAA